AUGGCAGCAAAUUCUGCAUCGGGUAGUAUGACAUCAUUAGAAGCAUCACCAGUAGGAUUUUCCGGUUAUCGACCAACAAGUAGUACAAUACAUUCGGUAACUGGAACCGGUUCAAGUAGUGGUAUGGCAACGGUAGCAUCACAUGCAAGCGCUGCUGCAGCAUCAUCUGCAUUUAGUGCAUCACCUUAUUUUACCGGUCAUUUUGGUAAUAGUUAUCAACCAGCACCAGAUUUUUCAAGCUAUGUUGCAAAUGCACCAUCAGCUGCUGGUUGGUAUGGUACGCAUGAUCCACGACUUGUACCUCGAUUAGGUUCCGGUUUCGGUCUUAAUUGUGGUAUUAAUCCAGCUCAUGCUGCAAUGCAAGGAUUACAAUUACCACUUUCCGGUCAUGUUGGAUCAAGGCGUAAACGACGUGUACUUUUUUCACAAAAUCAAGUUUAUGAAUUAGAACGGCGCUUUCGUGCAUCCAAAUAUUUGACAGCACCGGAACGUGAAGCAUUAGCAAAUUCAAUUGGACUUUCAGCAACACAGGUAAAAAUUUGGUUUCAAAAUCAUCGUUACAAAUGCAAGCGACAAGAAAAAGAGCGUAAAAUGACAGAUGGUAAUAGAGGACGAGACGAAAGUCAAUCAUCAGGACCAUCUAGGACACCAACACCAUUGGAUGGUAGCAAUAUUGAUAAAAAAAUGAAUGUUUCAAUACUGGUGAAGGACGGAAAACGUUGUGAUAAUGCUGUACAUGCUGCUAGUGGACAGGAUUCAAAUCCGGAACAUUUGUUAAAUUUGAGUACAUUACCUGAUGGUAUACCGGAUUUGAAAAAUCAAUUUUAUCAACAAGCAAUGUGUCAACCAAGCAAUAUGUAUCAGCAAGGAACAUUUCCAUUUCCGCCAUUUGGUGCGCAACCAUAUCCAACUGCUCAAAAUCCAUACUAUCCAUAUUAUGCAAAAUAA